AUGGCUCCUGGAAAGACGCGUCCUGGACGCUCGCUGGCUGACCAGCUGGCAGAUCUGGAGGAUCCCACUCCCAAGGAUUUUGAUCCCGAGGAUAUUGAUCGUGAUGGCAAUUCCAGUGAUGAAGAGACUGGCAAGGCGUCAGAUAUGAACGCUGGCAGAGAGCACUAUCAGUCUGUUGGCAAAGCCAAACUCAGAAAACAAGAGCCCGUCGCACUGGGCAAGCAGUAUGCUGGUUCUCGAGUCAGCAGAGAUGCCCUCGAGGCCGAUAGCGAUGACGAUCCUUUUGCGGCGCCUUCCGAUGAUGAUCAAACCUCCGACGAAGGCCCUGACAAUGAAGGCUCCGAUGAUUCAGGCCUCGAAGAUAAGUCGGUCAUUGAAUCUGGUCUGAGCGAUCUGCAUUCAGAGUACGACUCGGCCGUCGACGACGAAAAGUCCGACGAAGGCGCCCGCGAAAACACCAAGACUCGGCCCGACUCGUCUUUGCGACAGCAGAAGCAGAGCAAAUUGAAUACCCGGGAAAUGCCCUCGAGGGCCCAGCGGCAGGGCAAAGGAAGCAAGCUGUCCCAGGACUCAUUGGAUGAAAUGGACAUGACCGACUCGUCAACCGCCUCGUACAGCGGCAGCGAGGCUUCCUCAAACGAAGGGGACUCGGGGAUGGGGGACAACAUGUUGAUGGCGGAUGAAGACGAUUCCGAAGCAGAAGAUGAUCUGGGCAGCGGAGAGGAAGACGAGGAGUCGGAGGAGGAAGAUGAGGAGGACGACGAGACCAAUGCGAAGGACAAUCGACAUGCCACCCGGGCACACAAGCAGGAUGACCGCGAGGAACUGCGCAGGUUAAUGGCGUCCGAUCAGAAAACGAUUGCUGCAACAAUCUCACAGGCUGCCAAGGCAGAUGCUGCAAAGGGAAAGGCCGUGAAAGAGCAACGUACCACUUUUGACGCGCUUCUCAACACUCGAAUCAAGUUGCAAAAGGGACUGAGUGCAAUCAAUGAGAUGGCGGAUAUUGUUGGGGGAGCGGAUGAUCGUGCGACAGAUUCGAGCGAGGCCGAGGAGGAUUCAGAGACGAUCAAAUCGGCUGAAUCCGCGGCACUUGCCCUUUGGUCUACUCUUGAAGAACUACGCACUGCCUUGUCUGACGCACACUCUAAAGAGGGCGCUAAAAAGCGCAAGCGGAUUUCUCCGGUUACUCCUACAACCACCAGCUCUUCUCUCUGGGAACGCAUGGCCGAUCUCGAAUCCGAGUCUCUUCCUCAUCGCCGUUCCGUUCUCGACAAGUGGUCCUCAAAAGUACGCGGAACCUCAACCUCUCGCCCCAAUGUUGGGGGCAAGCUUCUUGGGUCUGCUUCUGGCCUCCAGACUAUUACCACCGUUCUUGACGCUCAAGUCGCAACGGAGCUCGGCGACCGGUCAUCGAAACGUGCUCGCCGGAACGCAACUUCCAAUGGCUCUGGUUCAACAGCUCAGAGCCAAUUGGUGUACGACGACACCGCUUUCUACCAAUCCCUACUCCGUGAGCUCGUCGAACAACGCAUGUCUUCCGAAGCCAUUUCCGGCGGCCUCGACUCGUUGCAGCAACUCCCGUCUCGCCUUCCUAUCCAUCCCAUCACAGGGAUGCGCAACGACAAAGUAAAGCGAGACGUCGACACCCGCGCCUCGAAGGGCCGCAAAAUGCGCUUCAACGUGCAUGAGAAGCUACAGAACUUCAUGGCGCCGGAGGAUCGUGGAGCAUGGACGGUUCGGGCAAGAGAUGAAUUCUUCGCCUCUCUUCUGGGCAAAACAGCCAGUGGGCUGUUAGGUGAAGGCGACGAAAGUGACAGUGAGGGGGAGAGUGACGAUGACCGGGAAGAAGGUGGUCUGCGCCUGUUCCGUGGCUGA